AUGAAGGAAUCAAAGGGUUUGGAGUGGUGGGUGGUAAUGUUAGCUUUGAUAUGGCUUUGUGGUGUUGGGUGUUUUGGUUUUUGGGAGGAAGAGAGGGUUGCUCUCUUGCAACUCAAAGCUUCCAUAAACUACCCAAAUGGACCUUCUUUGCCAUCUUGGGAGGAUAGAGUGGAAGUUUAUAACAGUAUGGAGAGCGACUAUUGUUAUUGGGAAGGAGUUGAAUGCAACGAGACCACAUCUCAUGUAAUUAAGCUUUUCCUUAACUCUACAAGGGAUGGGUCUUUAGGAGAUUGGUAUUUCAAUGCCUCUUUGUUUCUUCCCUUUAAAGAGCUCCGAAAUCUUGACUUAUCUAAUAACCAGCUUGUUGGUUGGGUCGCAAAUGAAGGAUUGGUUUCGUCACUUCAGAGACUAUACAUAAGACACAACUAUUUGAAUGGAUCUAUUCACCUGCAAGACUUUCCUGCUACGAGCAACCUGGAAGAGUUGGACUUGAGUUAUAACAGAAAUAUUGCCAGCCUCACUACCAUGAUAGGUAUGAAGAGCUUAAACAAGCUUCAAGUUCUUAGCAUGGAAGGCAUCAUAUUUAAUGCAAGUGUUUUACAUUCACUAGGUGCAUUGCCAUCUCUUAGGAAGUUAAUCCUUGCAGUAGAAGGAUUGGUCACCAAAAAAGAGUUGAGGGGUCUGAACAACUUGGAGCAUUUAAUUUUGGAUUAUUCAUCCAUCAAUGGGAGUUUUCUUCAUAACGCUGGAGUGAUGACUUCUCUAAGGGUUUUGUCAUUGUCUAACUGUGGACUUCGUGGCAGUCUACCUGCUCAAGGAUUUUGCGAUCUUAAGAACCUUGAAGAGCUAUACCUUGAUGACAAUGAUUUUGAGGGGAUAUUUCCUUCAUGUAUGGGAAACUUGACAUCGCUUCGAGCAUUGGAUCUCUCUUCCAAUAACUUGCAUGGAAGUGUUGCCCACUCUCCCCUUACUAUUCUCACUUCACUUGAAUACCUUUCCCUUUCAGAUAAUCACUUCAUGAUUCCAUUCUCAUUUGCCUCAUUUUCUAACCAUUCAAAGCUUGAGGUCAUUUUAAGAUUUUGCGAUCUUAAGAACCUUGAAGAGCUAUACCUUGAUGACAAUGAUUUUGAGGGGAUAUUUCCUUCAUGUAUGGGAAACUUGACAUCGCUUCGAGCAUUGGAUCUCUCUUCCAAUAACUUGCAUGGAAGUGUUGCCCACUCUCCCCUUACUAUUCUCACUUCACUUGAAUACCUUUCCCUUUCAGAUAAUCACUUCAUGAUUCCAUUCUCAUUUGCCUCAUUUUCUAACCAUUCAAAGCUUGAGGUCAUUUUAAGUGAUAAUAACGUAGCAACAAUUGAAAAUGAAUCUCAAUCAUGGAUCCCGAGAUUUCAACUGAAGUUUUUUAGUUUGUCAAAUUGUGCCAUUAAAACACUACCUUCUUUCCUGUAUUACCAAAAUGAGAUGAUAGCUGUUGAUCUCUCCCACAACAACUUAUUGGGGAAGUUCCCCACCUGGUUGUUAGAGAAUAAUACGAGAUUGGAAUUACUUAACCUAGAGAAUAACUCUUUAAUGGGGUCUUUUCAAAUGCCUUCUUAUCCUAAUCCUCACAUUUCACAAUUAGAUGUUUCAGACAAUAACAUAACUGGUCAAAUUCCUAUAAAUUUAGAUAUGAUCUUUCCAAGCUUAGAGGUUGUCGACAUGUCCAAUAAUAUGAUUGAUGGUCGUAUUCCUCCUAGUUUUGGCAAUCUCAGUUCUUUACUGGCCAUAGACUUAUCUCAUAAUCGUUUAUCUGGAAGAAUACCAGAACAUCUGCAAAUGGGUCUUUCCUCCUUGGAGUUUCUCAAACUAUCAAAUAAUUACUUGCAUGGUCAAAUAUUUGGCAAUCUUCUCAACAUGGGUCAAUUGUGGGUGUUACAUUUGGACAACAAUCACUUUCUUGGAAACAUACCAGACUGCUUAUCAAAUGCCUCUACGUUGAGCACGGUCGAUAUUUCUAAUAACCAUUUGUCUGGCUUCCUUCCUCAGUGGAUCGGGAAUGUAUCGUCUUUAAGGCAAAUAAGUUUGGCCAAAAAUCACUUUGAAGGCCCCAUUCCAUUGGGAUUUUGCAAACUUAAUUUUCUUCCGUUUUUGGAUUUAUCUGAGAAUAACUUGUCAGGCUCUGUGCCAGCUUGCUUCAACCCUUCAUCCAUAAUGCAUCUCCAUCUGAAUAAGAAUAGAUUGAGUGGUCCAUUGAAUCUUUCAUUCUAUGAUAACUCCAAUUUGGUGACAUUAGACCUUGGAGACAACAGGUUUACUGGUGAAAUCCCGAAUUGGAUAGGCAAACUUUCUGGAUUGAGGGUUCUUAUCUUGAAACGUAACAAUUUUGGAGGCAGCAUUCCCAGUCAAUUAUGCCACUUGAAACAAUUAAGCAUGAUUGAUCUUUCUCAGAAUAGACUUUCUGGUCCUAUUCCUCAUUGCCUGUCUAACAUCACUUGUGAGCCGAGCUUUGAAAAAUCUUAUUUAUUUUUGGGACAAAUUGAGCUUCUUUAUCCAAGGGAAUUACCAUUUUCAAUCAUGGGAAUUAAUAGAUAUUUUGAUUUUCAAUUUAAUUCCUAUUUUGUUGAAAUAUUGAAUGCCAAAGAAACUGUGGAGUUCACAACAAAGAAUAGUACCUAUCCAUAUCAGGGCGCUGUCCUUGAUUUGAUUUCAGGGAUUGAUUUCUCUUGCAACGAAUUAACUGGUACUAUACCACCAGAAAUUGGGAACUUAAGUGAGCUCUUCUUGUUAAAUCUGUCGCAUAACAAUCUCCUUGGAUCCAUUCCGGCAUCGUUGUCCAACCUAAGUCAUAUUGAGAGUUUAGAUCUUUCCUAUAACAACUUGACCGGGAGUAUCCCCUCCGAAUUGAUUAAGUUGAACUUCUUGGAGGUCUUCAGUGUCGCCUACAACAAUUUAUCAGGUAAAACUCCAGAUUUGAAAGCUCAGUUUGCUACCUUCAGCGAGAGUAGUUACGAGGGAAAUCCUUAUAUUUGUGGACCUCCAUCACAUAACAAUUGUACUGAUGUCCGAGCACCAUCGUCAAUUCCAAAAGAUUCAGAGGAUGAGCAAAAUGAUGGUGGUUUCACUGACAUGGAUGUAUUUCAUGUGAGCUUUUUAGUGUCUUAUAUCAUGUUGUUAUUAGGAACUUUAGCAGUUCUUUAUGUGAACCCUCCUUGGCAAAGGGCAUGGCUCCAUUUGGUUGAAGCAUGUAUGACCUCUUGCUACUAUUUUGUUGUUGACAGUUUUCAUAAGUUGUUCAACCGCAACAUUGUGUGA